UAUCUGUGACUAGUUUUUAAGAGUCAUACGCAGCCGUCAGAAGUUUCACUUUCUUCAGUGAUUUGACAUCGUAAGGUCACGUCGCGAUACGAACGACAAGCUAGUGAUCCCGUAUGGAUCUCAACAACCAGAAAUCGAAGCUAUCUUUCUCGAUUGAAAAUAUUCUGCGAGAUGAUUUUUCUACAAGGCCAAGAAAAGAUGUUCCUACACAGAUACCAUCCAUGCAUUCUAGUUUUGUAAAAUGGCCGAAUAUUCCGGUGUAUCGCCUUUGUGCAGUUCGUUACAACCCAAUGUUUGUGCAGGUUUUGCCGCGAUGGCAAUAUGCUGCCGGGACCAAGCUGAACAAUAUGAAAACAGAGGACCAACAGACGUUUCAAGAGCAGCAAAGAAACAUCGGAGAAGACAUUAGUUGCUCUGCCUGUGAAGACCCAAAAGGCGAAGACGAAAGAAACGAAAACAAAGCCAAGGUGGAAUCCAAAUCAGAGAAAUGCUUGAAAGUGAAAACUUCGGAGAGAAAACGCCGUCAUCGCAGCCAUUUCACGCAACGUCAGCUUCAAUAUUUAGACAAAAUCUUUUCUCGCCAGCAGUAUCUCACCCGAGACGAACGCACGCUAUUAGCGAGGGGUCUGGAAAUGACUGAACUUCAGAUCAGAAACUGGUUUCAAAACCGGAGAUACCAGCGAAAACAUCGAGAAAACAAGGACACAAAACCAGAUGAAAAGGGUUCGCCAUCAAGUGUGAGAAGUGAAGAUUAAGUCUUUGAGAAGGUUAAGGCUAAACCGAGAACAGCCAAAAAAGGAGACGAAAAAAGAGAUAAAAAAAAAAGCUUUCUAAAUAUUAACUAGAGGACGCCACUGGGCUUAAAGCGCAAGCUGCGACUAACCAUUAAGUAGAUACUCUACUUAUAAAAAAGAACACAGUUUAUUCAAAACUUCAUAAAGGAGGAUAUUGAUGUAAACGGGAAUGGGAUGCCAUGUGUUAUUAUGGCGUUAAAAAAAAGUUUCAACCACUUAAAACCAGAGUAAAGGAAUUUUCUAUGCCAACGUUAUUUAUAUCAAACUAUUUAAAUUAAUCCUUGAAAAGAAAAACAAAACACAUUCAGCAAUACGAGGGUACAAAAAAUCUUGAUUAUACAAACUAAUGUACUGAAUCUACAUUUUUGAAGCUCAUCAUGAUAACACGUGAUUUGUAAAUAUUGUAAAAAUAUUGUGUGAUUUAUUGAAUUCAGAAAAAGGACAAGGAAUAUACUUUACCAGGGCUUUACUGAA